GCAAUAGAAAGGGUAAUGGUUCUACUCGCUGCGUUCGAUUGAAUGUUUUUUGUUUAAAUGGUGUGAUAAUAGGGUUGUCGAACUUUAGGGGCGAAAAUUGUUUUUUUGACGUAUUUCAGAACAAUGGAUAUAACAGUGGUAAAGCAAGAAGACUGUGAGGAAGCUGUUAAAGUUGAAGAAAGAAAUGAUCACGACACCCAACAGGAAGAAGAAAUUUCAACUCCCAUGUUAGAAGAUAUUAGUCACAUAAGAGUAGCAGGACAACAUUAUCCUUUGAUACUAAAUGCAUAUGGACAAAAUUCUAAUGGCAAUUUACAGAUAACUGAAGCUGAGGAUGGUACAACUUACACUUAUGUUAUAGAGAAUGAAUAUGUUAAUGAUAUUGAGUAUCAUUUAGCAGAGGGAGAACAUUACAUUAUUGAAGAAUACCAUGGUGAUUAUGAGGAUCCACAAGAUAGUCAGUAUGAGACCUUGUAUGUGGAAGAAACUAUUGAAGAAUCUGCUUAUGAUGAAGAAUUUAGGGAAAGGGAAUAUUCUGGAGAGAGUUCCACAAUAUCCGAGGAAAUAAUUAAUGAUCCUGAAGAAAUGAUUGAAAAUGAAGAAACAGUUACUGUUAAUGAAAAUGAAGAUGGACACCAAGAGUUAAAUACAUCUUUGGGACAAGAAGGAAUUGAGGAAAGGAGCGGUCUUGGUCAUAUAUCAGUUGUAAAACAAGAAAAAAAUCAUGUAGAGCUUGCCAAACAAUCCAUUAAAGUUGAACUUAAUGAUAAUGAAGAUCCUGACGAGAAAGGAGAUGAUGCUGCAUUAUUAGAAAAUUUGAAAAAUAAAAGUGAAAUUGAGGACAAUGAUGGGAAAAACUGUUUUGAGUGCAGUAUUUGUGGAAGAAGCUUCAAGUCGCCAACAAAUGUAAAACGGCACCUUAGCUUGGUGCAUUUAAAAUUUGUGGACAAUGAAUCUAAAGAGAACACUGAUGUCCUGACAUUUAAGCUUUGUUCAUGCUGUGGAGAGCCUACUGAUACAGCUCAUACGAUGGGCGAUUUUAAAUGUGAGCAGUGUGAUAAACUUUUUGUUCAGCAAAAUUCAUUGGACAGACAUAUCAGUAUUGAUCACCCGAAGGAUGAUAUCUACGUAUGUGUUGAAUGCAAAAAAACCUUUAAUACUCGCGAAUCGUUAGUUGAUCAUAUUCGUGUACAUCCAAUUAAAUCUGUUAAAUGCAAUGGUUGCGGUAGAGAGUUCACUAGAAAAUACCACCUCGAUAGACAUAUUGGUCAGACAGGUUGCACUGGUGUUCCAAAAUCAGUUUAUGACUGUAGGGUUUGUGGCAAAUCAUUUACACGUAAAGAUAACCUUGCUGACCAUCUACGGACCCACAUUGGUAUUCUAAGACCCAAAAAAAUGUUUUGUUGUGAAUACUGUGACAAAGAAUUCACAGGACAUGCCUUAUUAAACAUCCAUGUUAGGACUCAUACUGGAGAAAAACCGUAUCCAUGUGAUAUAUGCUCAAAGAAAUUUCCUUCCAGCGGUGCAAUGAAAAAACAUCGCAGAAUGCAUACAGGCGAAAAACCUUAUAUUUGUUCAAAGUGUGAUAAACGUUUCGCAGCAAAGGAGACACUAAAUCGCCAUUGGCGCACACAUACAGGAGAGAAACCUCAUCAGUGCAAUUUUUGCGGGAAGUCAUUUAUUCAAGCAUCGCAACUUCGGGCCCAUAUUUUUCAUCACACUGGUGAGAAUGCAUAUACUUGCAAACACUGUGGCCGAGCUUUUAAUCGAAAGCUUCGUCUAACAACUCACAUAAAAUUCAUGCAUGAGGGAGCUGCGCCUUUGACUUGUCCCCAUUCUGGUUGCGACAAAACAUUUUUCCGUAAAGAAGACAUUGCGCGACAUGUUGUAAUUCAUAGUGGAGAAAAAGCUUUCGAAUGUGAUAUUUGCAAAAAACGCUUUGCGGUGAAAUCAUCUUUAAAGAUUCAUAAACUUAUACAUCGCAAAGAGCCGCCUGUUAGCUGUGAAACUUGUGGUAGAGCCUUUAUAAGACAGGACUGCCUCAUGAGACAUAUAAGAGCCAGACAUCGGGAUGUUUUAGAAGAUAUAAUGUCAAAUGCAGAGAAAAAACGGUUACAAAAACGAUUGUUGGAAGCAGCCAGCAGUAAAGGAGCCAAACUUGAUUUGAGCAAUAACAUAAUAUGGAAUGAGUUAACAUUGACUGAAUUAGUUAAGGAACUUUUAACUCUCCUAGUAGAUGAAGAGUGUUUGGUAGAAUUUGGUCAUCCAGAUGCUCCUGUAGACCGAGUUUUAGACUCUGUUAUCAGAAGAUGUGGGCAUGAGCCUGCCUCCCAGGAGAAAUACGAUUACAUAGGAAGAAUGAGAGAAAAUGCUAAGUUAUUAUUUACGGUUGUUAUUGAUGAUCAAGCAGUGAAAGAAUUACUAAACAACCAAACAGUAGACGAGGUAAUACUCCAUGUACUAAGAUUAGCUAAGAAACAAGACAGUGAUAAAGAUGCACAUAUAAGCGAAAAUGAAAUGGACAUGGGAAUUAAAGAAACUCAUAAUAUUGACUCGUAACCAAUCUUGUUUGGUUUGUUUAGGCGCACUUUUGCAUUUGUUUCUAAAUAUAUACAAUUUGUUUUGAAAACUUAUUUAUACUUUUAAACCAUGUUCGUUAAUACAAAUUUACAUUUCUACCUGUUCUUGUUUCAUUAUAGAAUUACAGAAUGUUUGCCUGUAUUGAAAUCUUAAAAAUUUGUUCAAAAUUUAAUCUUGGAAUUUACAUGUGAUAAGCCAGAUUUACAGAGAUUGCAAAACACUUGUUUUUGGUCUUUGAAAAUCAAAAGGUGCAGCUACUUGACAGCAAUUUCAUCGAGUAUUUAAAAUAAUAAGUAAUCAAGGACUUAUAUGUGAACACUUACCAGGCAAGUUUGGGAAUGAAAGUAUUCAAAUGAUUUUCAAAAGAUAUAUCAAGAUUAUUAUAAAUUAAAUGUUUUUGUAGUAUUAAAUUUUAAGAAAUAUAUUUACAUUCUGUCUUUAAAAACUGGAACCUAAUUAAGCACAACACCAGCUAAAAUUGU